UUGCAGUCUGGGAACUUGUUGAUCAGCACGAGCAAAUCCGUCGAUUCGUCGACACCUGAUGGGAUCUUAUUGAACGGAAACGACAAAGAGUCCUUGUCCCUGAACCUGGUCGAUUUUGAAUUCAGCUUUUAUAACUACAGGGGCUUUGACUUGGCUAACUAUUUCUGCGCCUCGGCUAUUGAACACAAUCUUCGCGAGUAUCCACGCUAUCGAAUCGAUCUAAACAAACUGCAUAAUCGAUCGAUGAAAAUGGAGUUUUGUAAGGAGUACGUUCGAGAAGCCAAAGAGCUGAACAUCUCUAUUAAAUCGGACCUUAGCCUUCUACGGGAAAUCAAUCAGUUCGAACCGGUCGUUAACUUAUUCUGGGCUAUAUUCAAUCUAUAUUGUGAAAAGGACACUUUGGCAAUAAUGGAUUGCGAAGCAUACGCUUGUGACCGACUUGCUCUUUACUAUCAAUCACGAAGUAUUUUAUGUGAUCAUCAACUGUAG